GUGAAGAAAGAGAGUUGUGAAGGAUGGCAGAAACGAACAGCAGAGAAACCCGAAGAAGAAGAAGAAUCCUCCAACAAGGAUCCGACCGUCUCGCCUUCAUUUCGGGUCGGAUCCAAAAUCUUCCUCCCCCGGAUCCGGAUCCGGAUCCGGAUGAUUCAUCUUCCCAAUCCCAACCCUUAAUUUCCGAUGAUCCAGACACCUCCCUUACUACCGUUUUGCCUCAUGGUGAUGCCGAGAAGGACUCAGAUUCCAUUUUGCAAACUCAUGAUCCCUACCACUCUGAUGCUUCCAAAAGCAUAAUCCAAACACCUCCUUUGCAUGAACACGAGAGUGAAAGCGAGAUUUCAAUUGUCCCAACUUCUGAAAUUGAACCUGAACCUGAAGCCGAACAUGUACAACCACAAUCACAACCACCACCACUUCAAGAUUCAUCUCUUGAUAUUUCCAAUCGACAGUCACAGCCUGAGGAACCUAAAAAUUUCAUCAACCCAAGUGACAUAAGUUCUGCUGUUAAUGCCUCAAGGGUUACCCGUCUUUGUUGUUCCAUUGCUGUGGCCUUAUUAGUGGUUGCAUCUUAUUUGGGAUUCUCUUUGACGGGUAUCAAGUUGAUUAAGAGAGUGAUAAGCUUUAGGCCACUCUACUUGGUUUUGGUCACCAAUUUAACUGUUGUGGUUGCAAGGCUUCUUUCUGGCAAACAGAAGGGUUUUGAAAGGUUUGAGAGAAGACAGAGUCAAACUUCUUCUGAUGGAGAUCAGUGGGAUUCUCAACUUGCUAGGAUAUUGGAACUAGGCCUGGUGGUGCAGAACGUGAUGGAUGCUGUGUUCAUGGAUUGUGCUGUCUAUGCAAUUGUUCUCGUUUGUGGCCUUUCCCUUGUGCCCACAUGACACCCUUUUGGAGGCUUUGGAAAGCCAGAAACUCAACUUUUGUUUUUUUAAAGGAAGAGAUUGGUUAGAAUUAGACAUUGCGCAUAGAGUUAACUCAGACUUCACUGGAUUUUUGGUUUCUCUACAUUGAAGCCAAUUAGCGAUUUGUGCCCUUCUUUCUGGUGCUGCUGUCAGGUGUAUAUCCCUUUUGGUUUGAUUUUGAUUUGAGUUACCAGUAUUUGUAUGGUUUCCCGUGUAUUCUUUCCUUGCGAAUUAAUGAAAUAUCUAUCUUUGCCAAAAUUCAAAAAGUUCCAGACUUUAUAAUAUACUACCUUAAUGAGCUGGAUGUUUUAGAGCAGGAUAUUACAUCUGUUGUCAUAUUAAGCAACCUAGAAAUCACUCGAACUUAAGGAAACAUGCUUUUAGCUUGAUAGCAGACAAUCAGAUACUUUGUCAAGGAACUCAAUGAUGAGCUGGUUCACCUUCUCUGGAAUUUGUUCGUGCACAAAAUGGCUUCCUUCUACAAUUUAUAUGAUUUCCAUCUCUGGCACAAGAUGUUUCACUGCCUCACUUCUGAUAUAGUCCUCCAUGCCUGGAAACUUGAAGACGUAAUCUCUCUCACCCAUGAUCAGAAGUGCUGGAAUUGUAACUUUCGGAUCACUUUUGCCACUAUCCACAUUGAGACUCCUGCAUGGAUCAUAAACAGUCUAAAUUUAGAAGUCUGUACCCUGACUAUUUUAUAACAUUUUAAUUUUAUUAUUUGGAGUAGCAUUUCACUCCAUUAGAUGCCAGUUUUGAAAUUAACAAAAAACAAAAUGAAUUCCACUAUUUUAGAUUUGAAAGUGGGAAA